AUGGUGGUUCGUUUGCAGCUUUCAAGGUUCGGAUGCAGAAAUAAGCCAUUCUACAGAGUAAUGGCAGCUGAUAGUACAAUCCCCUCCCUGAGAUCCCUCGCAUUUUAUGGAUUCAUUACCAUUCCUAUCAUGCUGAUUGCAAUUUGGGGUCAAGAUGAUGGUAAAAGAAUGGGUCUAAAUUUUGAUAGAGUGAAAAUGAGUGUUGUUUCUUAUCUUUCUAGUCAUUUGGCUCAUGCAAAGUUUGUGUCUGCUUCAUUAGUUGCUGCUACACUCGAGAGUAUUGCAAAUUGGUGUUAUGGUUAUUGCAAGAAACAUGACGUUGGUGUUAAUCCAAGAGCUCAUAAAGUCUUUUACUGA